AUGGACGACCGCGAAACCGAACUCUCCCGCUUCCGCCAGCAAUGGCAAGCCGAAGUCACCGCGCGCACCCAGCCCACCCCCGGCCCCAGCACCACCACCACCACCCACACAGCCAGACCAGCACCCUUCGCCCCCCGCCGCCUCUCGCACCGCGAACCCGUGCCCGAAUCCGACUCUGACGACGAAGGAGGAGCGGCAAGGGCGGAAUUCGCGCCCCUGCAGCGGGAGCGCAGCACGUCGCCACAGGCGACACGGAGGUCGGCGCAGGCCCCGGCGAGCGCGUUGGAGCAUUAUGAGAAGGCGGUGGAGAGGGAGACGCAGGGGAGCUUGGGCGAGAGUCUGAGUCUGUACCGGAAGGCUUUUAGGAUGGACGCCAAAGUCGACUCCCAAUACCGCGAGAAAUACUACCCCCGGCCCACCCCCGGCGCACACCCCACCGCCAGCGCCGGCGCUGGCGCAUCCACAUCCACCACCGCCGCCGCCGCCACGCCAGCAUCGCAGGGACAACCCCCGGCGUCAAUUGCCGCACUCAUCGAGUCCUUCGCGCACCUCGCCAUCCCGCCAGCAGGGACAGAAGACACAGUCGUCUACUCCCCAUUCACGACCCUCCCGCACGAGCUCCUCCUGCACAUCCUCCACACGCUCGCAACAACCGACAUCGCCUCCUUCGCGCGCUGCGCAAAGGUGUGCAAAGCCCUCUCCUACGUCGUGUCCACCGAGGAGGCAAUCUGGCGCGACGUGUGCACCAGCGCAUUCGCAAAGAUGGCCUGGGACUGGCGCGUCAGCGUCGACGGUACUCCACUCAUCCGCCGCGUUCUCGGCGGCGAGAACGACGACUCCCUCCUCCCCCCCACCACCACCACCACCCCCGCAGUCCCAGAGGUAGAAGCCGAAGAAAUCGAACAGGAGGAGGAGGAGCAGCGCCCAGUCCCCGACGACGAGGCACACCUCCCCAAAUACGGCGGCAGCUGGCGCGCAAUGUUCCAGUCGCGCCCGCGCAUCCGCUUCAACGGCGUGUACAUCAGCACAUGCAACUACGUGCGGCAGGGCGCCUCGCAGUCAGGCUGGAACACGCCCGUGCACAUCGUCACGUACUACCGCUAUCUGCGCUUCUACGACGACGGCACUGUUCUGUCCCUCCUCACGUCCUGCGAGCCGUCGGAGGUGGUGUACGGGUUCUCACGCACCGGGGUGCAGGGCGGCGGUGCCGCGGUGGUGGCCGGCGGGGCGGGGACGGGCGUGCUGCCGAGCGCCGUGGCAAAGAAGUUGGCGUGGGAGGGGUUUUGGAGCUGGAAUAGGGUGUCGGAUGAUUUGGCCGAGUUUUCGCUGAGGAACGAUAAAGCAUUCAUCUUCUCCCGCGUCGGCAGCAUCGAGCGCGAGCUUGGGCUGUCAUAG